AUGAACAUUCCGCAGCCGGUUGCUAUAUCAGGCAGUCCUGUUUUACCAUAUUGUCUUGUAGGAGACGAGGCUUUUCCUUUGAAGCUAUACUUGCUUCGUCCAUACCCAGGUAGAGGCCUGACACCGGAAAAGGAAGUAUUUAAUUAUCGUUUAAGUCGAGUAAGACGAUUAAUCGAAAAUACCUUCGGUAUACUCGUCAGUCAGUGGCGAAUAUAUAGAAAGCCAAUUAUCGCCAAUCCUGAAACUGUUGUGCAAAUAGUUAAGGCAACCGUGUGCUUGCACAAUUGGCUUCGAAAAAACGACAUUGGUAUUAACGAAUAUGUACCUAUCGGCAUGGUCGACGACAAUCCAAACAUUCCAAGUGGAUUCAAUGCAGGAUCUUGGAGAAGCAUUAUGGAAGAUAGUUGUGCGUUCAAUGAUAUUGGAAACUGUGGCUCUAGGAUGAGUUCCCGAGAAUGCGUAAACAUUCGCGAAGAAUUUUGUCGCUACUUUAAUAAUGAAGGUGCAGUGCCAUGGCAAUACAAUCGUCGAUGUUAA